UGAAAUUGUUACUAUUCAUGAUUGAUGUAGAGAUACUUUUCAUUGAUGGCAAAGUUUUUUGUAUUAUUUUCAUCAUAAUUAUCACAACUUUGUAUCAAUGGAUUUAUAAAGAAUCUAAAUAUGUGGCUGCAAUUUGAGAUCUUACUUACCUCAUGAUAUCUUGGUUUCAGAGUAAAAAAAAAACUGAAUCUGAAGUUUCAGAUUCAAUGAAUUUGAUUUCUUGUGUAUUUAUGAUGUAAAAGAGAGAAAAACAAAGUCAUUUCGUGGAGCUUCAUUAGUUUCAGGUAUUUAGAUAUAGACAUGUGUAAGUUUUGCUAAUCAGGAGGCAUAUAUGGAUGUUACUGAGGUUGAAGAAAGUGUUCUUGCUGCCAGUGAUGCCAAGGUGUUACUUUCCGAAUCGAGGAUUGAGUUGCAAAUUACAUUACAUGGAGGGAUCUGUAGAAUACUUUCUGCAAUUAUUUCUAAAAUCUUGGGAGUGUUCCCAGCCUUAGAAGCAUCAAGGCCAAGGAGUAAGUCAGGUAUUGAGGCGUUAUGUUCAUUACAUGUGGCACUUGAGAAAGCUAAGAAUCUCCUUCAACAUUGUUCAGAUUGCAGUAAACUUUAUUUGGCUAUAACUGGAGACUCUGUUCUCACAAAGUUUGAGAAAUCAAGAUGUGCUCUGAAGGAUAGUCUUAGGCGUGUUGAAGAUAUUGUGCCACAAGCCAUUGGCUGUCAGAUAUUGGCAAUUGUAGAUGAUCUCGAGGAAAUCAUAUUCUCUCUUGAUCCAUCAGAGAAGCAAGUUGGCGAUGAAGUUAUUUUGUUGCUGCAACACAAUAGAAGAUUUGAUCGUAAUUCUUCUGACAAUAAUGAGCUUGAAACCUUUCACCAAGCAGCUUCAAGGCUUGGCAUUACAUCUUCAAGAGCUGCUCUGACAGAGAGAAGAGCUCUUAAGAAGUUGAUUGAAAGAGCACGUGUGGAAGAGGAUAAAAGAAAGGAGUCAAUUGUGGCUUAUCUUUUACACCUCAUGAGAAAAUACUCCAAGCUAUUCAGAAAUGAUUUAUUCGAUGACAACGACUCACAAGGAUCGGCUCCUUGUUCCCCAACCAUUCUGGGCUCUUUCGAGGAAUCCGGUGUACCUUUGGAGAACGGCCAAGCCUUUGACCGCCAGUUCUCAAAAUUGAGUUCUUUCAAUUUCAGACCUUGUGAUAGUAGAUCAGACCAGAUGGCAAUACCGCCUGAGGAAUUAAGAUGUCCAAUCUCGUUACAGAUUAUGUACGACCCAGUAAUUAUCUCUUCGGGGCAGACUUAUGAGCGUGUUUGUAUCGAGAAAUGGUUUAAUGAUGGGCAUAACACCUGCCCUAAAACUCAACAGCAGCUUCCGCAUUUUUGCUUAACUCCAAAUUACUGUGCCAAGGGUCUGAUUUCCAGUUGGUGCGAGCAUAAUGGUGUCCCCCCUCCCUAUUGUCCGCCAGAUACACUAAACUUCAACUAUUGGAGGUUAGCAGUAUCAGAGUCUGGGUCUGUGGAUUCAAGAUCAAUGGAAAGCAUUAGCUCCUGCAAGGGAGCCAAAGUCGUUCCUCUGGAAGAGAAUGACAUGGCUGAGGAGGUAUACUGGUGCCAGGGUGAAGGUGAUAAUUUUGAAAGAUACGAUAGCUUACUAGCCAUCUUGAAUGAGGGGAAGGAUUUCAAUAGACAGUGCAAAGUAGUAGAACGGAUACGUCGAUUUCUAAAGGUUGACGAAGAGGCAAGGAUGUUCAUGGGAGCUAAUGGAUUUGUUGAAGCACUGGUGAACUUUUUGAGUUUAUCCGUUCAUAGUGGUAACGCAAAGGCUCAGGAAAUUGGAGCUAUGGCUCUUUUCAACCUUGCUGUUAACAAUACAAGGAACAAAUUGAUGAUGUUAUCUGCAGGACUAAUUCCAGUUUUGGAGGAAAUGAUUCUCAAUUCAAACUGCGACGAAUCAGCUACUGCACUCUACCUCAACCUUUCCUGCCUGGAGGAAGCAAAGCCUAUUCUAGGAUCGAGCCAAGCAGUCCAGUUCUUAGUCCAGCUCCUCAGUGCUGACUGUGAAUCACCAUGUAAGCUUGAUGCUCUCUACGCCCUCUAUAAUCUCUCCACCCACUCUCCAAACAUUCCCAGCCUCCUUGAGGCUGGCAUCCUUGAAGGCCUCCAGUCACUUCUCGCGAACCCAACUGAUUGGACAUGGAUUGAGAAAUCCAUUGCUCUUAUCAUAAAUUUAGUCUCAACUCCACUGGGAAUCGAAGAAAUGGCAUCAUCUCCAGGUCUUAUUACUUCGCUUGCAGCUAUAUUGGACAUGGGUGAAUUGGUUCAACAAGAGCUAGCUGUUUCAUGUCUCUUGGUUUUGUGUCUGGGGGAUGAAAAAUGCAGUCAGAUCGUACUACAAGAAGGAGUGAUACCUUCAUUGGUUUCUAUCUCAGUAACUGGGACAACGGAAGGAAAACAUAAAGCAGAGAAACUUUUGAUGCAUUUCCGAGCACAACGUCAACGGGACCCACCAUCACCUCCUGUUGACACACAAAAUGAAUAUUCUACCCAAGGUAGCAUGGCGGUCACGCCUGCUCCAGAGCCAAAGCCGCCAUGUAUAUCAACUUCUAGAAAGAUGGGAAGAGCUUUAAGUUCUAUUUGGAGGAGCAAACAAUUUUCAGUUUAUCAGUGUUAGUGAUGGGGAAUAUCUACUAUGCACUAUGAUGCAACUGUCUGACUCGAACCGCAGAGAGAAAAAUUGGAAUGAUGCUGGUGAUUAGGGAAGAAAGGCAACUGUAGCCAUGGUAAGGUCAUGAUUUCAUUUGGUGCGGGAAGAAGAAUUUAUGCAGGAAUUGAUGUUGCUAAACUUCGAGUUGCUCUAACCCUGACCAAUUUGGUCAGCAGUUCUCACUGGUCAAUGUCAGUGAAGGGCACUCCUUGUCCCAAGCAUAACAGAGGACCUUGCCAUCUUAUCAAG